CAUGCACCUGACUCAUAUGCGCUACAAACAUAUCUUAAUGCAGCGGACGACUUUGGUAUACAUCUUGCACCUACACACGACACCUCAUCGAACCGUACAACUUCAAGUCGAACCCCAUCACCUUCUCAACAAGAGAAGAUCCCCGGGCCUCCUGCCGUUGCACCUCCUGCACCUAAUCUUCAUGCAGGCAGACCAAGAUUGCCGUCACUCUCGUUCCCCUCUCUGCACAAGCUCAUUAUCCCCAAGAAGAACGUUCCUCCUCCCCCAGAACUCAACCUGCAAUCAGCAACACCGAUUUCGGCAUUGGGGAACGACCCUCGCCGUGAAAUGAGAAUCUCAAAACCCUUAGCUGUUUUAGAUCCUCGAUUCCAAGACAAACCACUGGGUGGGGGUCCCGUUAUGGCCAAUACUGUGCCAGCUGCAUUCAACGAAGAUUAUCUGAAGAGGCGAGAAGCGAAUAAAUCUCCAAUGCUGAGCGGCAACAGUCGCGUUUAUGGAUGA